AUGGGCCUGGGUGUGUUGGAAGACUCCAAGUUGGAUCAUGUUCCGGGAACAUCCUACGUAAAUGAAAGCACAGACGUCACUCACAGACAACCGGACCAGCAACAGCCAUGGCUAAAAUACGAUCGCUCCGGUCCAGUCCCUAUACUUCUCAUUCCGCAACCAAGCGAUGACCCUUAUGAUCCAUUGAACUGGCCGCUAUGGCGCCGCGAUCUAAUCCUAGCUAUCCUUUCUCUCGUCGCCGUCAUCUGUACUACCAUGAGUCCCAUCAUGGCCGCAAACACCGUCACCAUCGCUCUCGCUUAUAGAAGAGACUUUACGCAGGUCGCUUUGUUGACGGGUUAUCAUCUUCUCGGAGUCGGUUUGGCGGGUAUACUAUGUGUGCCGACGGCGAGAAUAUGGGGCAAACGGCAUCUAUUUAUAUUCGGUAAUAUAUUGAUGAUCAUCAGUGCUGCCUGGGCGGGAGGAAGUACAGGGAACUGGCGAAGCUUGGUGGCUGCUCGAGUCUUUCAGGGGUUUGCUUUGGCGCCGUUUGAAGCUUUAGUGAAUGCUUGUGUGGGCGAUUUAUACUUUAUGCAUGAACGCGGGAAACGGAUGGCAUUCUCAAACGUUGCUCUCUUUGGUGGCGCCUUUUUGACGCCGGUGGUUGUUGGUAAGAUGACGGAAACGUUGGGAUGGCAGUGGUCCUUUUACUUUGUUGCGAUAUUUACGGCAGCGGGCUUGCCCCUUAUUUUCUUCUUUGUCCCGGAAACUGCGUAUCGCAGGGCUGACUAUCUGAAUCCGGAUUUCUCUGGUGAUGCUGAUGUAACAAACUCCCAAACGGACAUCGUCGACCCGGCUUCACAAUUGUCUGCCGAUGCUCGUAAUCAAAAUGUGCAAGAGAAACAACAUCUAUCGGGGCCGACAAACGAGAUUACACCAAAGACGCGGAACACGCAAUACUCUUACUGGCAGACACUCAAACUGUUCAACGGGAGGAAGACGGACGAGAACUUUAUCAAAUUGUUUCUCCGGCCGUUCCCUCUCUUCUUCCACCCUGGAAUUCUUUGGGCCUGCCUCACGCAAGGCGUACUUAUAGGAUGGACGGUAUUCAUCGGUGUUGUCCUGGCAGCUGUCUUUCUCGGGCCUCCACUCUGGUUCGACCAAGUCAAGACUGGCUAUCUAUACACAGGAGCUUUCAUCGGAUCAAUACUGGGUCUGAUAUUUUCCGGUCUGCUGUCUGACUGGAUCAACAAGCGCAUGAUCAAACUCAAUAAGGGCACCUACGAGCCCGAAUUUCGAAUUGUUCUUGUGUUUUUCCAGUUACUUUUCAGCGGUAUUGGGCUUUAUGGAUUUGGAAUUACUGCAGAGAAUGUCAGACGAUACGGCUGGCUCAUUCCGGAUGUAUUUUUUGCUUUUGUCGUCAUGGGCAUGGUGAUGGGUGCUGUUUCGAGUGCACUAUAUAUCGUGGAUGCACAUCGUCAAAUCGCCGUCGAAGCAUUUACAUGCAUGCUAUUUUUCAAGAACAUCUUUAGUUUCAUUCUCACCUUCUUUGCGUACGACUGGCUCGUUGUCAAGGCAGGAUCCCGUGCACCGUUUAUUGCCAUUGGCACGAUUCAAAUUGGUAUCUGCUUGCUGGCCAUUCCUAUGUGUAAGUUAUUUCCCAAUUCGAGAUACCCCAUACUGAUCCAUCCUGCAGAUGUCUUUGGCAAGCGAAACCGAUCCUUCUUUGCGCGGCAUAAUAUUUUGAAGGCGCUUCAUCUGUAAUAGCAUUAUAUUAGAUAUACCAUUAACUAGCUCCU